AUGCCAGAAUUCAGGGUUUUCAUUCUGACAAUGGCGGAGAAUUUCUUAACCAUGAUCUUAACCAGUUCUUACAAGAUCAUGGCAUCAUACAUCAAAGCUCAUGCCUUUACACUCCCCAACAGAAUGGGGUCGCUGAAAGAAAGAACACACUUAUUGGAAGUCGUUCGUGCCUCUCUCUUUGGUGCCAGUAUGCCACGAUCAUUUUGGGGCGAAGCCGUCGUCUCUGCAGCAUACCUUAUCAAUCGGAUUCCCUCUAUCGUAACUGGAAACGACACAGGAGAGCAACUGAAACUGCAGAAGUAUUUGUCUCAGGAAUUUGAGAUGAAGGAUUUAGGUGAUCUGAAGUACAUUCUAGGAAUGGAUGUAGCCAGGUCCACAACUGGUAUAUUUCUGUCUCAAAGGAAGUAUGUAUUAGAUCUGCUCACUGAAACAGGAAUGCUUGGAUGCAAACCUGUUGAUACACCCAUCGAGAUAAAUCACAAGUUAUGUGAAGGCAUGGAUCAAGAACCAACCAAUAAGGAACAGUACCAACGCCUUGUUGGAAGGUUGAUAUAUUUAGCCAACACAAGACCAAAUAUUGCAUAUGUUGUGAGUGUGGUUAGUCAGUUUAUGCAUUCACCCAGUGUGUCCCAUCGGAUCUUAAGAUACUUAAAGUCAGCACCUGGGAAAGGAUUAAUGUUCUCAAAAAAUAGAGAUCUCGAAGUUGUUGGAUAUACAAAUGCUGAUUGGGCUAGCUCCAUUACUAAUAGACGCUCUACUUCAUGUUACUUUACCUUUGUAAGAGGUAAUCUAGUCACUUGGCGGAGUAAAAAAGAAAAUGUAGUUUCUCGGUCUAGUGCAGAAGCAGAGUAUCAAGGAAUGGCUCACGGAGUUUGUGAACUACUGUGGAUCAAAAGACUAUUGACAGAAUUGAGUUUCAAGCCAUGA